UCGUCCAGUUUAACCAUUGAACAAACAGCACACAAACGUUUUAAGAAUGUUUUUUUUCCAGCACGUGUGCCGUUUUGCUUCAAGAUGGAACUCCUCGAUUUGGACGAAGAUUCGCUAAUGGAAAUAUUCUCGUACUUCAACUUUGAGGAACUGCUGUUCCUCUCCGUCGUGUGCAUACCAUUCCUGCAACUCUGCCGGCGCCAUUUACGAAAAAUUCGGCACUUUGAGCUCGACUACCGUACGCUGCUAGGCCGGCCGGAGCCGGUCCGUAUCGAGCAUCUGCACAACAUAUUCCAGUGUCUCGCACCUUCACUCGAUGCCUUCCGCUUCUCCGGCGGAUUCAUUAUGGACGAAAUGCUGAAGCAAUCGAUCGUGGACAAUCUAGCAACGAGCUGUUCAUCGUUGCGCCAUCUGACUAUCAACUAUGUGCAGCUGAACGAGCAUCACCUAAGGCCGCUAACCACUCUGCUCCCUGCGCUGGUCAGCUUGGACCUGGGUCAUUGCGAUCUGCAGGACAACAGCUUGGCCGAGUUCUUACAGUGCCGUCCUCUGAAACUGCGUACCCUCGCCAUUCCCGGAAACACCAACUUGGUCGGAACGUUCUUCGAUAGCUGGACAAGCUGCGAUACGCUCGAGCAGCUGGAUGUUGACCAUUGCUCUUCACUCAACAUCGGACAGAUCAAGGCGUUUCUCCUGCGGGCAACACGGCUAUCUGCGAUCACCGUUAGCCGCUGCCCGUGGUUUCAGCGAGACAAAGAGAUCUUCCAAACGCUCGGUCGCAGCAUCACGAUGGGGACCAACAUACCAGAACUGAAGUAUUUCAAGGGCGGCUGAACGAGGACAAUUCGUGCGCUCUCAUUAGGCCACGAAGUCCGUCUCGUGAUAUUUCUUGUAAGAAAACAUAUUUUGUACCUUUUCAUAUUGUGCUUUUCGCCCUAACACGUUAAGUACCUAAAUUUUAAUCGAUUCUAAUAUUUAAAGGAGUGAAGGUCUCAUCACUAACCGUCCAGGAAUAAAAUUAAUACAAUAAACGCCUUUUAUUCGGAUGUAUCUUCCAU